AUGCUGACCAUUCAGGCAAUCCUCUUUUACAUACCACGCCUCAUCUGGCAGGCACAAGCCUCCGGGCGCCUCGGCAUCGAUAUCAGCAAACUGAUUCGCUUCUUGCAUGCCGCCAACUCGAGCGAUUCACUUGUGAAUAGGGCUGCUCUGAUCCAACAAACAUCGUAUCAGUUGUACCAUCUGGCUCGGGUGUCAUGGCGCCCCAGUCGUUCUGACGUUGCUACCAACGUCAGUCUACGAAGCAAACUGCACGACUUCCCAGUUUGGCUGUGCGAAAUACCGUUUCGAGGGCGCAUAGUGGUCAACUAUCUCUUCAUCAAGCUGCUUUAUCUGGGCAACGCGAUCGGUCAACUGUACCUGAUCAACCGAUUCCUCGGGUUCGACUGUAUGGAGCACUCGAUGCUUCUGUUGGGCCAAUUAUGGUAUCCAGACUUGCGCAAGCAACGUCAGCUGCUCAACAAUCUUCACUUUCCCGUGCUGACCAGCUGUGAAAUACCGGUUCGGAUGACCGGAGAGAGAAGCGUCCGACUAGUGGCUCAGUGUGCAAUGCAGAUUAACACCUUCAAUGAGAAGAUGUUCGCAUUCCUCUACCUGUGGGCCUUACUCGUCUCCGCCAUAACUGCCGGCAGUCUUCUGCUUUGGCUGCUCCGGACUCUUCUCAGCCCUGUCUGCGGCUGUUUCCCGUACUUUUCCAGCCUGACAAGAUUUCAGUCCUGCAUUCUGCGAUCCGUAAAGAGGGAGGCUCGGAGAGGCGAACUUUUUCAGAAUGCAUUGAAAGGGAAGCCUUUGGCGCUGUCGCCUAACAGCCGUGUGUUUUUGCCGCAAAACGUCGACACUAUCCUGCCUUCCGACUUUGACGAAAGUGAAGAUGAUAUUCUUGUCAGGAUGGCACAUCCGAAGAAACCGAAAGAAAGUAGUGGAAAUGAAAAAGAAGAG